GCCAGUCUCUCUUUCUCUCCUCCAACGAUUCUCGCCACCAGUUCACGCUUAUUGUCCAAUCGCUCAAUAAUAAAUCUUGAAUGAGGCAGUAAAUUGCUGUUACCGCCAACUGACCGUCAGAACCCCUUUGCCCGGGGUUCCAGACGUGAACGACACGUUCCUUUCGCCUACCAUCUCGCUUUACAGUCCCAAUAUACGACCUCAGAGUUUCCACGAAUAUGGACGUUAUCUCGUCGACUACGCCCGAAGAGGCCGUGCGCAGAUCCGCGAAGAGGACUGCUGAACUAUUCGGCGCGGAUUAUCUUAUGGUCACACCCUCGACUGGAGAUGGAUCGAUUGGCGUUUCUUACAGACGGAAAGCGGAAUAUGAACAUGUGAAGGAACUCCCACCAGUUCUAGCAGAGAAGCAAGCCAAAGCAGCGGCCGGGCGUACGAAGCGUCCCAAAACCCAAGCCCAGGCGAAGGCGCCCGUAGAUGGUAGCGGCGCCUCAAUGGCCCUGGUGAAGAAAGCUCAAGGCCCGGCUGCUGGUGGCCUUGGUAAUGAGGAUCAACCCAAGAGCCUGAUCCAGCGACCCUCCGCGACGCGACAACAGAGGCCCGACUGGCACGCUCCAUGGAAACUGAUGAGAGUAAUUUCUGGACAUUUGGGAUGGGUGCGAAGUCUGGCGGUGGAGCCGAACAACGAGUGGUUUGCCAGUGGUGCUGGUGACCGGACGAUUAAAAUUUGGAAUCUGGCGACUGGUGCUCUGCGCCUGACCCUUACAGGCCACAUCUCCACUGUCCGCGGACUGGCUGUGUCACCCCGGCAUCCUUACCUUUUCUCGUGUGGAGAGGACAAGAUGGUGAAAUGUUGGGAUCUGGAGACUAAUAAGGUCAUUCGUCACUACCAUGGCCAUCUAAGUGGCGUAUAUACGCUAGCUCUACACCCUCGCCUCGACCUGCUGGUCACUGGUGGUCGAGACGGUGUUGCCCGAGUCUGGGAUAUGCGAACGAGGAGUAACAUCCACGUUUUGUCCGGCCAUAAAGGAACUGUUGCCGAUGUCAAGUGUCAGGAAGCUGAUCCACAAAUCAUUACUGGUUCCCUGGAUGCCACCGUUCGUCUGUGGGAUCUUGCAGCUGGAAAGUCAAUGGGUGUCCUAACUCACCACAAAAAGGGUGUCCGAAACCUUGCUAUCCACCCUCGGGAAUUCACAUUUGCUAGUGCCAGCACAGGAAGCAUCAAGCAAUGGAAGUGUCCCGAGGGUGACUUCAUGCAAAACUUCGAGGGUCAUAAUGCUGUCAUUAACUCUCUCGCCGUGAACGAAGACAACGUUCUCUUCUCCGGUGGCGACAACGGUUCCAUGUCUUUCUGGGACUGGAAGACCGGAUACCGUUUCCAGUCGAUCGAUACCAUGGCGCAACCUGGUUCGCUCGAUGCCGAGGCAGGCAUCAUGGCCUCCACUUUCGACCGGACAGGCCUGCGUCUGAUUACUGGUGAGGCAGAUAAGACCAUCAAGGUCUGGAAGCCGGAUGAUGAGGCUACACCUGAGUCGCACCCUGUGACUUGGGCUCCAACUCUUGGCAGACAGAGAUAUUAGGUUGGUAUUGCUGUUGGCCGUCUGUCAUGUUAUACCCUUCAUUGAUCUGGAUCUGAUAUAAGAAUCGGGCAUGUUCACUUCACGCACUUAUGGAGUUUAGCGUUCGAGAUGUACUGUUUGUUAUCUGUGACUAGUACUGGGAUUUGGUAGGGUUUAUAAAAGGAUUUCUCUCUUGUUGUAUCAUAUUAAGCUUGAAACAUUUUGGAACUUGCUU